AUGAACGGCGGUCUCAUCUUCGAGUCGUCUACCCACACCCCGCUUCCAUCGGCCCCCGUCCUCAAGCAGGAGCUCAUCACCGAGCACUACGCAAUCACCGCAAAGCGCUCUUCCCAAAAGGACAAGAUGAAGCGUCCUGCCAACAUCAAUACAUCCAUCGCCCUAGGACCAAUCCCACCCCAGCCUUCUUUCAUCCCCACUUUGCCAUCUGGACAACAUCAGCAACAACAACAGCAGCAGCAGCAGCAGCAGUUUCAACAAGUCUACAUAAGUGAGCCCAGCACCGGUCUCUACCAGCAACAGCAACAGCAGACGUUCUUUGCCCCCUGCCCUCCCUCCCAGCCCGUCCCUGGACCCUCCCGACAACCGAGCAUUGCGGAAGCCUCCGCUGCACAAUCAACUGGGCCACCUCCCGACGCUGCGUCGACCAGCGGACACUCGACACAGCGCUCCCUCGACUCGACCAGCUCCCAACACAAACGCAAGCGCAGCAACUCGUCGUCCCAGGCCGAGGAGCUGCGCACCCCGCGCAACAACGCCCAACAAUCCCUGCCGUCAACCGUCCAGGGGCUUGCGACUGGCAAGUCCCACCUCCCUACUCCGCCCUCCACAGGCGACCACGUCUCGAUGCCAACACAAAUGACGCGGCUCUCACCGGAGACACAACCGGAACAGAGGCGCUCCGGCGUCUACGUGACUUCCACAGAAGCCGAAGGCAGGAAACUAGGCCUAGUGCGGACAUCGACCGGAACGGAGAGCCGCGAGGCAGCCCGCGAGCAAGGCCCUCCGCGCACCAAGCAGGCCACAGUCUUGAACGUCGAUUCAUCUGGCGUCGCUACCGUUGGCAGUGGCGACGUGCUGCACACCGACGCCUCGUACAUGGGCGAUGUCCCCACGACGCCCAAACAACCGAGCCGAGAACUUGUCGAGGACGAGACCCCCCGCACCAAGAGCGACAAGGUCAAGCGCCGUCUCGAGUCAUUCAAGACGACUUCCCGCCCAGCACAACCCAUGUACUGUACACGCCUGGACAUGGGCCCCGCCGGGCAGAUCCGCGUUGCACUCCGCAAAGAUAUAGCGGUUGCCUUUAUGGGCCUGGACAAGGUCGCAGCUGGCGACGCGACAGAGGAGACAAGUUCUGACGCCACCCGUGAGCCUGUCCGCCCAGACUGGCCGGACGAGUAUGCGCCAUGGAACCAUGCCAGCGGGAGACGCACCAAGGCGGUGCGCCAGGACCGCGAGCGCAUGGCGCUGCUGGAGCGAUAUUUUGAGAGCACAAGUGACGACGACGACGACCACGAUGCCGCCGCACGGUUGCCGAUUCCGACGGCGCGGCACCAGUCGCGGCCGUCGGGCGAGGGCCGAUCGCUCCCGCCGUCACAGGACCCGACUGACGCCCGCGCUGCGCUCUGGUACGCCGUGAACAAGGUGCGGCGGCCGCAGCAGAUGGCCCCGCCGCAGAUGGUGCCGACCGGCGUGAUCAGCUGCGUGUGCCGGAACAACGCGCCGUCAAACCAGAUGGUGUCGUGCAGCAACUGCAAGAGCUGGCACCACGUCGCAUGUGUAGGCCGCGACGAGGCGCUGGACCGCAACUGGGCAUGUGAGACCUGCAUGGCGCAAGCCCGCCGCGCCACGCUUUCCACGCCGUCGCAGCGCACUCCGCCGCAGUUGAGUACUGCCGAGCGCUCUAUGUCGGCAUUCCGCGGUAACCAGGCUCUGGCGCUCGCCCCCUCCCCCAUGUUUGCGCCAGAGGCGGCCCGUGCUGCGGCUCACUCGGGAAGCAUGGUCGACCGGACACCACGGACUCCCAACCGGAGACACGAGCGUGCACGUGUGCUGUCGUACGGGAACGAGUGGGGUGUCACUGGCGAGAACCCGAGCACGCCCUUGUUCCCGACCUUUGGCAACUUUUCCACUCCACGCCCAGACGACCCUGUGUUUGACGUAAACUCGACACCGUCACGACACCUCGACACGGACCCACGCAUUGCAGGACAGUUCACGGGCAGCCUGUUCGCCAUCACGCCGCUCAUGGGCCGCUCGCGCAACGCCAACCCGCUCGUGGGCGACACGCCGAUAGGCCACAACCGCGUCGUGUCGGGCGUACCGCCGGCGUUUGCGGACGGCAUGACGAGACACGAUUUUUUGCAGGGCCUGAGCGAUCGGCGCGAACACGCCGAGACACCGAGCACGGUCAGCACGGUGCGCGGGCUGGGCGUGGGCGGCGGGCACGCGCAGCUGUCGCCGUCGCCGUUUACGCACAGACGGUCGUCGAGCAAGUCGAGCCAUGUGCGGUCGGCGUCGCGCAGCGGGCUGGGGCUGGGGUUGCCGCUGAAUGACGAGUGA